AAGAAUUGAGAAUGGGACGCUAAACACAAACAUUUUCAAGUAUCUUCUUCCUUUUCUUUUUUUUUUUUAAUUUUAAUUUUUAUUUUUGGUGGGACUUCAACAGUAAAAUCUCCACCUUUUCCCUGUCUGUAUCUGUACUUGCUCUCUCUUUCUCUGUAUUCUUCUCUUUCUCUCUGUCUCUCUCCUUCCAUUGAUGUAUAGCUGUUGAAAGAAAACUGGAAGAGCCCAAAGUUCAACAAAAGAUGUGUUUUUAUCUGUUCUCUUUUCUCUAAUUAAUUUUUUUGCCCCUGGCUUUCUCUGACUUUGCUCCAGCAAACCCAUCUCUCCAACUUCUGCUUUCCCAUAAUGGAAACCCACUUCAUUACUGUCUUGUCUUAGCCAGCCUUUCAUUAUACCCAGUACUCUUCUUGGUUGCAGCAACACAUCACAUAACCAAAGGCUGCAGUCUCAGGUUACCACUACAUGUGAAGAACUGCAUUGUGAAUUUUCUGGGACAGAAACAUGAUAACACCAAACUCCAAUUUGGAAUCCGAAAACGAUUCAGAAAUUAGCAGCCAAGUAGCUUCAAACCUUUCAGUGCCAGAAGCAUCUCCUGAUCCUUCUAAGGACAGUGCCACAACAUCUUCGUGUCUCACGAAUGUCAUAAAGCUCCAAUCCGAUCCAGGUUCCCUUUCGCUAGACUUGACUCUAAGUUUCAAUGCUAGUGAUCAAGCAGAAUUGAAGGUUACAGGUGAGGCUACCUAUGAAGCAGCAGCAGCAGCAGCAGCUCCUCAAUCUGAAACAAGAAUUUCAAGGAUAUUUUCGUGCAAUUACUGCAGGCGAAAAUUCUAUAGCUCGCAGGCAUUAGGUGGACACCAAAACGCUCAUAAAAGGGAGAGGACAAUGGCAAAACGUGCAAUGCGGAUGGGAAUUUUCUCGGACAGGUAUACUAGUUUGGCAUCAUUGCCACUUCAUGGUUCUGCGUUUCGAUCACUGGGUAUCGAAGCUCACUCUGCAAUGCAUCAAGGCAUCAUACCAUCACAGAGACCAGUUGAAACUAGAGGAGUAGCAAGGUUUCAUCAGGAUGGGCAUUUUGGUAUGCCAAUAUUCAUGGAAGAUGAAGAUGUGGACUUGUUCUGGCCUGGGAGUUUUCGACAGGUUAACGAAGGAAUUGGCCUAAAUUCAGAUUCAAAUUUGGCUCAAAACUCAAACAAUAAUGUCGUUGCUGCAACACCAACAUCACCAAGAACAGAUACUUGUCCUGAUCUUACUUUAAAACUUUAAUAUCUAUUCUUGGUUGGUUGGCAGCUCCAAGUAGACAUCGGUAUUCAUUACAGUGUACAGCGGCUAUAUAACUUAAAAUUUCCAAUAUUCUAUAACUUUGUUUCCUUAUUCUUGUGAUUUGCUUACUGCACAAGUCAAUUUCAGGCAGUGAAGCCGGUUGCUGCAAUAUGCAAUUUGUUUUUCCUGUUUGCAAUCAAGCCAAACACUGGAUCUGGAAUCAUAUCAACUGAAUUGGAAGAGCUUUUCUCUU